GGUACUUCUGCAGGAGUGCGGUGAAAGUGACAGGUCAGCUGCAGUUAUGUUCGCACCUCUCACACCCCUGCCUAGAUUCAACCCUGCGCAUAGGGUUGCUACUGCGCACGCGACCACCGGAGGGUGAAACAGGACAGGGCGAAAAUGGAAGAAGGAAGAAAGAGAAAGGGCGAGAGGGAGCCGCGCGUGCAGUGCGGCUGUCUGCGGCUGUUAGUCGGUGCUCGCGGGUGGUCGCACGCACGCUCGGGGGUGACGGGUGCGCCUACAUUCGCGAGGAGGGCGAUGGAGGCUACGUGCGCCUCGCUGGCGAUUAAAGUGAGACGCGCCAUUCGUUGAGUCGCCCUCGCCGUCACCGUCGCGUUCGUGUUCCGCAUCGUCCGUGGAAAACUGUGCACGGACAGACGGAGCGGCGCGAAAAGACGGAAUUCCUAGCGAACAACGGGGCGACAAAAUGUCGACGUACCACUAUUUAUCGUGAACGAGUGGAGGGAACAAGGGAGAGAGAGAGAGAGAGAGAGAGAGAAAGAGGGAGAGGGAGAUAGAGAGAGAAAGAGAAAAGGGGGUUGAACACACGGUGGCGAUAUCUCUCUUGAAUUGUUGAAAGGGGCAAGAGAGAAAGAGUGAAACGCACGAGGGAAAAAUAAGGGGGAGAGGGCGGAAGAGAAAGAGAACUCUUUCGGACGAGAGAGCAAAGGGGCGGGCGACAUGAAACCGAACGAGCAUCAGCACCAUGCGACGCGAACGUAACUCGUAACCGGAAGAAAGGCCAGCGGCAGGAGGGGCUGCUUUGAGACGAGCAGAGAAAAGGCCCGGCGAGCCGCGGAGCGAUGUAUGCCGCGGCGGGUGGUGCUAGCAUCGCCAAUCGGAGGAAGCAGAAGCGGCUGCAGCUCAACAAGCAGACGCCGGUCAACGUCGUCCCACCAAGACUGAAGGGCGUACCGCCUGGCUCGCGCCAGCAGCAGCAGCAGCACCAGCAUCAUCACCACCAGCACCAGCACCAGCACCACCACCAGUUCCAUCACCAUCACCAGCACCAACAUAAUCAUCACCACCAUCACCAUCAUCACCCGACCAAGUUCGCCACCCGUCCGCACCAAGUUGCAUCCGCGUCGCAAGCCCCGCGAGCGCAUCCGCAGGCGCCGACGUCGACGUCGUCGUCGUCCGCCGCGUUCCACUCGGCCAUCGACGAUCGGCGCCGUCGCGCCGACCACCGCAAGUCCCAGCAGGUCGUGCCGGUCUCGCCGAUCCAGUUCCCGAUCUCACCGCCCCCGCUCUCCCUCGAGUCCUCGGCGUCCGCCACCACCUGCCCGCCGGCCAGCAAGCCCAGCAACUUUCCCUUCCCGCCGCCCUCGAUCCUCGAUCUCCGAGUCUCGCCUCCUACGUCGGAGCUACAGUGCGGCGGCCAGGGACCUAGCGGUAAGGCAGCGUGGCAAGGAUGCAGCAGACCCUCGCCCCUUCCCUUAUCACCCAUAUCGCCUGGAUGUCGCGGGGAUGCCUACAAUGCGAGGACGAAACAAUGCGAGGCGCAUCGGCGGUGGAUGAAAAGAAACAGGAUAAGAGACGCCAGUUACUGCUACGGGAGCAGCGGCGAGGACGACGAGGAAGAUGACAGCAGUAACGCCAUACGUCAGCGGGGAGAAGUCAGCGCGGCGGUCAACACCGUGCUCUACGUGGGUUUAGGGACCACAGCACUCGGUUUAGUUAUCUCGUUCGUCGGCACCGGGGAGAAGGGCUUCCUGAGCCCGCAGCUGAGGCUGGUCGGUCCGUCGCUUUUGUGCGCCGGACUGCUGUGCUGCCUGUUCCGCGUGUUGCUGUGCCUCUGCUUGUGCCGCUGCGGACAGUGUCGCUGGCGAUUCUGUCACGUCGCCUCGCAGAAGAAGGAGAAGGCGAGAAAAGCGGACACGCACCCGGGACCGGGAACGCUGCCGACCGCCUCGCUAUUAUCGCCGAUGCAGCAGCAGGAACGACCGUGUGCCGCGCCCACGAGCCGCUCCGUGUCACCAGCGACGAAGGGACACGAGCUCCUGCUCUCACCUGCCCAAUUACCAGAAUGAAGGGGACGACAACGUGCUGCGCCGAACGAACGUUUUCUACGAAAUGAACUCUAUAUGUACUAUAUACGCCGAUUUACUGCCGGUUCUCGCCCAAUUACUCGACUGUAGUUUCCAUUGCGGCCUGAACCGCGAGUUCUCGCAGCCUAAAGAGUAGUCUAAAAAUGCAUCUUUAGAGCUUAAACAAUAGAAAAAUAAAGGAAUCGGCUAUGUUUUUC